AAGUUUAUCACGAAUUCCACGACAUACUACUCACUUUCACUACUACUUGACUUGUAGUGAUUUAUACCCUUCCUGCGCAUUGUCUUUAGCCUUUCUUUUCAUAUUCCCAACAAUUUCAGAAACGCCGCUUCCACAUCAACCAUUAGAAACAACAUGGCGCAAGAUGGCGAACCACCAAAGUCUGUUGACAAGGGCAAAGGCAAGGCGGUCUCAGAUCCCAAGAAGCCAGAGGAGGUAGAGAAGGAUAAAGAUGGAAAGCCCAUAGCUAAUGGGGCGAAAGAAGAGCCGGUCGUUGGAGCGGAGGAGCUCAGCGAGGAAGAUCAACAACUGAAGAGUGAGCUUGAUAUGCUGGUGGAGCGAUUAACAGAAUCCAACACAAGUCUUUACAAAAGUGCCCUCGAAGCCAUCAAAGAUUCGAUCAAAACCUCCACUUCAUCUAUGACCGCUGUACCCAAACCUCUCAAGUUCCUUAGACCGCAUUACGAGCCUAUGAUUAAGUUGUACGAACAAUGGCCGGAAGGGGACGACAAAACAUCUCUCGCAGAUGUUCUUUCAGUUAUUGGCAUGACAUUUUCAGAUGAAGAAAGACAAGACACUCUCAAAUUCCGAUUGCUUGCACCUACAUCAGAUAUUGCCUCAUGGGGUCACGAAUAUACACGUCAUCUUGCUUUGGAAUUGGGAGAGAUGUACAGCAAGAGAUUAGCGGAAGAUCAACCAACUCAAGAUCUUAUUGAUCUAGCCUUGAUCCUUGUGCCAUUAUUCUUGAAGAGUAACGCUGAGGCUGACGCUGUCGAUCUGAUGAGUGAGCUUGAAAUUAUCGACAAAAUUCCAAAUUACCUGGAUAAGGAUACCUACACACGAGCAUGCCUUUACAUGGUCAGCAUGGUCAACCUCUUGACUUAUCCAGAGGACCAGACAUUCCUCAGAACCGCACACGAUAUUUACAAGAAAUACAACCAACUUACCCAAGCGAUUGUCCUUGCCAUUAGAUUAAACGAUCUCGAGCUCGUCAGAUCCGAUUUCGAUUCUACGACAGACCCGGCAUUGAAGAAACAAAUGGCUUUCCUCAUUGCUCGCCAAAGAAUAGUUCUUGACGACCUACCAUCCGAAACUAGCGAGGACCAGGAGAUCAUGGAGUGUAUGUAUAACACUAAGAUGCCGGAACAUUUCAAGGCCUUAGCCAAGGAAUUGAAUAUUUUGGAUCCAAAGACGACCGAAGAUAUUUACAAGAGUCAUUUGGAGAGUAAUAGGGUCGCGGGAUUAACAAACCUUGACUCUGCUGGGCACAACUUGGCAGCAGGUUUUGUCAAUGCUUUCGUAAACGCUGGAUUCGGCAAUGAUAAGAUGAUGAUGGUUGAAGAUGAGAAAGCAAGCUGGGUGUGGAAAACUAAGGAAGAGGGAAUGAUGUCCACAGUUGCGUCGAUGGGUACAUUACUUCUCUGGGACGUUGAGACCGGUUUGGACAAGAUUGAUAAAUACACAUACGCCCCCGAAACUCAAAUUCAAGCUGGUACUCUAUUGGCUAUCGGUAUAAUGAACUCUGGAGUACGAAUCGAUUCUGAGCCUGCUCUCGCCCUUCUCGGUGAAGAGGAUAAGCUUAACCACAAGAAUCCUCUUGUUAGAGUUGGUGCUAUUAUGGGUCUUGGUCUUGCCUAUGCUGGAUCAAACAGGGAGCAACUUUUGGAGCUUCUCUUACCUAUUGUUACCGAUACUUCCGUGGAAAUGCAAAUUUCCGCCAUGGCAGCUUUAUCUUUGGGUAUGAUUUUCGUUGGAUCUGGUAACAGUGACAUCACUGAAGCCAUCUUCCAAACUUUCCUUGACGAUGAUCGCAAAUCUCAGCUCAAGGACAAGUGGACUCGAUUUAUGGCUCUCGGUUUGGGUCUGUUGUUCUUUGGCCAACAAGAGAACGUGGAUGUUAUCCUCGAGACUUUGAAGGCUGUUGAUCAUCCUAUGUCUAAACCAACAGCUGUUUUGGCAGAAAUUUGUGCCUGGGCUGGAACAGGAACAGUUUUGAAGCUCCAAGAACUUCUCCAUAUCUGUAACGAUCAUAUCGAAGAAAGUGAUGACAAGAAAGGCGACGAAUUACUUCAAGCCUAUGCUGUUCUCGGUCUUGGUUUGGUCGCUAUGGGAGAAGAUGUUGGUCAAGAGAUGGUCUUGCGUCAAUUUGCUCAUUUGAUGCACUACGGUGAAGCCAAUAUCCGAAAAGCAGUUCCUCUCGCCAUGGGUCUGCUAAGUCCUAGUAACCCACAGAUGAAGGUUUAUGAUACAUUAUCUCGUUACAGUCACGACAAUGACAAUGAUGUUGCGAUUAAUGCUAUCUUUGCAAUGGGUCUCUUGGGUGCUGGAACCAACAAUGCUAGAUUGGCUCAAUUACUUCGCCAAUUGGCUAGCUACUACCACCGUGAUCCUGACGCUCUGUUCAUGGUCAGAAUCGCCCAGGGUCUGCUUCACAUGGGUAAGGGAACACUCUCCAUCAACCCAUUCCACACCGAUCGCCAAGUACUCUCUAGAGUCGCAGCUGGUGGUCUUCUCUCCGUCUUGAUUGCUAUGAUCGAUGCCAAGCAAUUCGUCACAACCAAAUCACAUUACCUCCUAUACUACCUCGUUACAGCCAUGCACCCUAGAUUCCUCGUCACUCUUGACGAAGAUCUUAAGCCAUUGACAGUCAAUGUCCGAGUUGGACAAGCCGUUGAUGUUGUAGGACAAGCCGGUCGUCCUAAGACUAUCACUGGUUGGCAAACACAGAGUACCCCCGUACUUUUAGCAUAUGGCGAGAGAGCGGAAUUGGAAGACGAACAAUAUAUUAGUUUGAGCAGUAAUCUGGAGGGUCUUGUCAUUUUGAGAAAGAACCCAGAGUGGGAAGAUGGAAAAAGCUAGAGGGUUGAGAGAUGGCAAAGGAAAGGAAUAUUAAACUAUUGUAUUAUAAUGGAGGGUGGGGGGAGGAGCUAUAGUAGGUAGACUCGCAUAUCAUGUUCCCUUGAAUGAAGGGGAGAUGUGGGACAACUACGCAAUGAAAAUGAAAAAAAUGAAAAAUGAUAGAUGAUAGAUGAUUUGCAGUGCUUUAAAGUUGAUGAAAUUGGA